AUGGUCCAGAACAAGGUGUUCAUGUACAAGUCCGUCCCGGACGGCUGGCCGGUCCCCGGCAAAGAUCUGACAGUGGAAGACAUUGGAUUCGACGAGGCAGCGCCGCCCCCCAAAGGCGGCUUCACGACCAAGAACCUGUAUGCAACCUACGACCCUAGCCAGCGCGGUAGGAUGCGUCACGAGACAGUCAAAUCAUACAGUCCAGCCAUGGCCGUUGGCAAGCCUGUGGUCAGCGUCCACGUCCUCGGCAAAGUGCUGAAGAGCGACACCCCGAAGAUCAAAGAGGGCUCCACGGUCCUCAUGAUGAGCCACUACACCGAGGAGUAUUCGGCCGUGCCGGAGUCCGCGGUCAAAUCCACUCAGGUCAUCGAACCCAAACCGGGCGUCCCUUUGACCGCCUACCUGGGCUUGAUGGGCAUGACGGGCAUGACUGCCUACGGCUCCUUGCAUGAAAUCGGCCAACCCAAGCGCGGCGAUGUCAUCUUGGUCUCGGCUGCCGCUGGCGCUGUUGGCCAGGCAGUUGGACAGAUAGCCAGGCAGGAGGGUUUACACGUCAUCGGUUCAGUCGGCGACGACAAGAAGCUCGACUUCAUCAUCAACGAACUCGGCUUCAGCUCUGGCUUCAACUAUAAAAAGGAAAACAUCAGCGAUGCUGUGAAAAGACUGGCUCCAGAUGGCAUUGAUAUCUAUUACGACAACGUUGGCGGCGAGCUUCUCGACGUCGCCCUGGCCAAUAUGAAAGACUUCGGCCGCAUCGUCGCCUGCGGCACCAUCUCCACCUACAACGACGGCAGCAACUCUACCCGCUACGGAGUGCAGAACUACAGCGCCGUCGUGCGCAAACGGCUGCGCUGGCAAGGCUUCAUCGUCUACGACCCCACCAUCAUCCGAUGGAAGAAGGAGCGUGACGAGAAGGUCGCCCAGUGGAUCGCCGACGGCAGCUUCAAGUCCGUCGACUAUGUCACGCACGGCAUGGAUCAUGCUGUCGAAGGGUUCUUGGGCAUGUUGAAGGGCGAGAACUUGGGCAAGAGUAUUCUGAAGGUCGCGGAUUCCGAGUCGUGA